UUCUGCCCUAAAAUGGCUAUCGUCUCCGGCAUUCUCUUCAUUAUCUUCUCCGCCUUGUCCCUUGCCGACGGUAGAAUUCCUGGAAACUACGCCGGCGGCGCUUGGCAAGGUGCUCAUGCUACAUUCUACGGUGGAAGCGACGCCUCCGGUACCAUGGGAGGUGCUUGUGGGUACGGAAAUCUAUACAGCCAAGGCUACGGAGUCAACACGGCGGCGCUCAGCACCGCGCUGUUCAACAAGGGACUUAGCUGCGGCGCGUGUUUUGAAAUCAAGUGCGCUGAUGACCCUCGGUGGUGCCACCCUGGUAGCCCCUCCAUCACCGUCACCGCCACCAAUUUCUGCCCUCCGAAUUACGCUCUCCCUAACGACAAUGGUGGGUGGUGCAACCCUCCUCGUACCCACUUCGAUCUCGCCAUGCCCAUGUUCCUUAAAAUCGCCGAGUAUCGCGCCGGCAUCGUCCCCGUCUCUUACCGCCGGGUGCCAUGCCGGAAAGCCGGCGGGAUCAGGUUCACAAUUAACGGUUUCCGUUACUUUAACUUGGUUUUGAUCAGCAACGUUGCAGGUGCGGGUGAUAUACAGAAAGUUUGGAUCAAAGGGACGAAAACCAACUGGAUGAGUAUGAGUCGUAACUGGGGGCAAAACUGGCAAUCAAACGCCGUCCUCACGGGUCAACCACUCUCUUUCAGGGUCACCUCCAGUGACCGCCGCACCUCCACCUCCUGGAACAUAGCUCCAGCGAAUUGGCAGUUCGGCAAGACCUACACCGGAAAGAAUUUCCGGGUGUAGGGGUGGAAGUGAAUUUCCAAUUUUACCCAUAUAGGGAAAUGAUGUUCUUCUACUUUUAGUUAAUUGUGUUUAGUGGGGUUUUGCUUUUAUCGGGGGUGGUGAAAGUUAAUAUGUGAAAGAUGGAGGGGUGGAAGAGACAUGUUUGGAAACUUUUUCAGAUUUCCAGGCAUUUUUAGGGUUUGUGUUUAACAGUGAGGCUGAGGCGGCUGCAAAAGAAAGAUGCAGCCCGCAGCAAAUGCUGCUAAAGAUUUUUAGUUUUAAAAAAUAUGGUGGUUUUUGCUUUUUAAUGGUGUUUAGGGUUUGUGUUACUACUAAUUUACAUCUUGUAAGUUCUCGACUUGGUUUGUAUUAACCUUAACGGUGUGUUUUGAAGUUUAUAUGAUUGUGUCGGGUUUUAUC